GGGGGCGGGUCCUCGGGCCGCACCCACGCAGGCUCUGUAAGGUCUCAGGCUUUGCGCUUCAGGGUCCGCAGAAGGACCCGGCCGGGCAGCGCCUCUGAGCCCCGACCCCAGGCGGCGCGGGCCGGUUCUGGCUCAGGGUGACGAGGUCCGCGCCCGACGCCCCCGCGCGGCCCGGGAAGGAGGCGCCACGGAGCGCGGUCCCCGCCUCGGUCCGCGCCGAGCCCCGGGGUGAGCGGGGAGGAGACCGAGCGCGCCGCAGUGCGAGCUGCGACCCCACCGGCCCGCGGGACCGGGGUCCCCGCGCCGCCUCGGCCUCCGGCCCCGCCCAUCCCGCCCUCGGCGCGGCUCCACUCGCGGCGGGCGCGGCGGGACUCAGGUGGAGAUGCGCGGGCGCGCGGCGAGCUGGGGCGCGCGGCUGCUGCUGCUGCUGCUGCUGCUGGGCUGCGCGGGGCUGCGCGGGGGCCUGGGCUCCUCGCUGCUGACAGGUUCUGUUGCAAAAUGUGAAAAUGAAGGGGAGGAGCUCCAGAUCCCGUUCAUCACAGACAACCCGUGUAUAAUGUGUGUGUGCCUGAACAAGGAAGUGACGUGCCGGCGGGAGAAGUGCCCAGUGCUGCCUCGGGACUGUGCCCUGGCCGUCAAGCAGAGAGGCGCCUGCUGUGAGCGCUGCAAAGGCUGCACCUAUGAAGGAAACACCUACAACAGCUCCUUCAAAUGGCAGAGCCCAGCCAAGCCCUGUGUCCUGCACCAGUGCCAGGAGGGCGUCGUGACAGAGUCUGAGGUGCACUGUGUUGUUCACUGUAGAAACCCAGUGGAGCACCCGGGAGCCUGCUGCCCCACCUGUCCAGGCUGCGUGUUUGGAGGUGUGCAGUACCGGGAGGGAGAGGAGUUCCAACCGGAAGGGAGCAAGUGCACCAAGUGUUCCUGCCUCGGAGGCAGGACACAGUGCGUGAGAGAAGUCUGUCCCAUUCUCUCUUGUCCCCAGCACCUUAGUCACACUCCCCCAGGACAGUGCUGCCCCAAAUGUUUGGGUCAGAGGAAAGUGUUUGACCUGCCUUUUGGGAGCUGCCUCUUUCGCAGUGACGUGUAUGACAAUGGGUCUUCAUUUCUGUAUGACAACUGCACAACAUGUACCUGCAAGGACUCCACUGUGGUGUGUAAGAAGAAGUGCUCCCACCCCGGCAGCUGUGACAGAGCCAAGGAGGCCUGCUGCGAGCAGUGCCUGCUGCAGGUGCUCCCAGAAGAUGUCAGCGUGUGCAAGUUUGGCAACAAGAUUUUCCGGGAGGGCGAGGUGUGGUCCUCAGCUAACUGCACCAUCUGUGCCUGUGUGAACGGCAAGACGGAGUGUCACAGGAAGCAGUGCGUGUCCAUCAGCAGCUGCCCGCAGGGCAGAAUUCUCAACAGAAAAGGAUGCUGCCCGAUUUGCACUGAAAAGCCCGGCGUCUGCACGGUGUUUGGAGACCCUCACUACAACACUUUUGACGGCCGGACCUUUAACUUUCAGGGCACGUGUCAGUACGUGUUGACGAGAGACUGCGCCUCCCCUGCCUCACCCUUCCAGGUGCUGGUGAAGAACGAUGCCCGGCGGACGCGCUCCUUCUCCUGGACCAAGUCGGUGCAGCUGGUCCUGGGCUCCAGCAUCGUCAGCCUGGAGCAGCACCUGGCCGUGCGCUGGAACGGCUCCCGUGUGGCACUGCCCUGCGAUGGGCCACACUUCCGUGUGGAUCUGGAGGGCUACCUGCUGAAGGUGACCACCCGAGCAGGUUUAGAAAUAUCCUGGGAUGGAGACAGCUUUGUGGAGGUCAUGGCUGCCCCUCAUCUCAAGGGCAAGCUGUGCGGUCUCUGUGGCAACUACAAUGGACACAAACGUGACGACUUAAUCGGUGGAGAUGGGAGCUUCAAGUUUGACGUGGAUGACUUUGCCGAGUCUUGGAGGGUGGAGUCCAAUGAGUUCUGCAAUAGACCUCGAAGGAGACCGGUGCCCGAGCUGUGCCAGGGGACAGUGAAAGUGAAGCUGCGAGCCCAUCGAGAGUGCCAGAAGAUCAAGUCCCGGGAGUUCCAGACCUGCCACUCCGCGGUGGACUACACCACUUUUUACCGGUCCUGUGUGACAGACAUGUGCGAGUGUCCAGCCCACAAAAACUGUUACUGUGAGUCAUUUCUGGCCUAUGCCCGAGCCUGCCAGAGAGAAGGCGUCAGGGUUCCCUGGGAGCCACAGCGGCACUGCACAGCCACCCAGUGCAAGCACGGCGCUGUGUAUGACACCUGUGGCCCGGGGUGUGUGAAGACCUGUGACACCUGGAAUGAGAUCGGUCCUUGCAACAAGCCGUGUGUGGCAGGCUGCCACUGUCCAGCAGACUUGGUCCUGCACAGGGGACGAUGCAUCAAGCCAGUCCUUUGUCCUCAACGGUGACCUCUGUGCCAGCCAUUGAGACUGCAACCUGGUGUCCCUGACACUGAAGUAGAAGAGCCAGGGAAAGACUGCUGUGCAUGUGUGCCUGACUCCGCACACAGAGUACGUAUGUGUAAAUACAUAGAGGUAUAGGUGUAUUCCAACAUUUCAUCAUUUAUAUGGACUACAGUGCAGUAUUAUAUGUAUAUUUUUUGCUAUAAGAAACGUGUUGUUACUGGGAUCCUAAUCUGUAAGCCAUUGGAUACGCUGUACAGACACUCCAGGGGCAUUUAAUUUAACAGGCAGCAAUGCAGACCUCGGGGGUGACUGUGCCAUCACAAACUUUUCUCAUUCUUAAGGAAGUUUCCUAAGGACCCUCAGCUGCUGCAUUCAUUUUAGCUUGGAGUCAAUGUUUGUCACUGAGAAAUAUAUUUCUUUGGAGAAGGGCACAUGUAUUUGGGGACGUUUCAUGUUUGCAGAGACAGGACUGUGCCUGAGAGAGAUGACAGGAGACUGGGAGAGGCCCCUACGAUGCCUGCAAAGCAAGGGGUGGGCUGCUAGGUUUCACUGGGCCAUGGUCUGAUAUAGUUUGUAAAACUGGCUGUCACCAAGAAAUACGGGUGUGUCACUAGUGCAAGAGUCCUCCAGCCUCCUUAUUAUAUACAUCUGUGUGGUAGAUGUGAUCACUUGUGUGUCAUGUGUUGAGAUGAAGGAGUAUCCAGGUGGCCUGUUCGUGGUAUUGAGCACGAGGAGUUUGGAGAAAACAUUGCACAACAGAUGAAAAUAUCCUUGUCUCUGAUUCUCAGAGCAAUCCAGGGAGGAGAUGGAGGCCCUCUACCCUUCGGGAUAGCCCAUGUGUAAAACAAACGCCUUUGAUUGUCUCUAGAGGGUUCCUGUCUCAUGCUAUUUGCCUAUGUCCUAGUUAUUAGGUGGGGGAGACUUACUCACCAGUUGCCUUAACAUCAUUCUAAGCAAAGAACGUUCUGUGUACUUUCUCCAAUUUGCCAAUAAUGUCGCUGCCAGUCACCAUGUGAUUUUCCUGACUUGCUUUCUGUUAAACAAGUGAAAUUGUCAACAAAAAACAAAACCCACUGAUGUCUAAAAAUAAAAUGUUCUGCACUGUAGUAAAUAAAUGGAUCAACCAAGGCA